AUAAGCUUUAACCCACUUUGCACGCAUUUUGAUUGUUAGAUAAUAAUAAAUAGCGCCUAAUUGCUUAAGGGGUCCAGUGGGCUGCAUGCAAGUGUACCGUACGUAUCCUACAGUCCAAGCGGAUCACCUUCGGUUCAUGCACUUUCUUGAUCGCAGCCGUCGAAUCACAACCCCGGACUUCGUGCACCUUUCCAGGUCUUCUUCUCCAAUCUCCCUGCGUCGUCCGACUGGCGGCUGCCCAAGUUUGCAUUUUCCAUUAGCCGAUGAUCCCCCCCUUCUCGCCGUUUCGUCUCUCGACCAUGACGGUUUCGCACCUGCUUUCCCCAAUUACCCAGCCCGUUUCCCUGGCCGCUGCCCGAGUUUGGGACACUCCUUCUCCCUGCUCAGUGGUAUUCCAGGCUAUUCUGGAUCCCAUCUACAAUGCUUCAUCGAGGGAGGGGAAUUCGAAACUGGGAACUUCGUUUUCGUUCCUCCGUGGUCUCCGUUUGCCACGCUCAGUUGUUAACACCGUCGUCGUCAAUGUAAGUCGACCGUUCUCCAGUCGCCACUCCUCACACGUCACCGUGGACGCCGUCAAUUGUUGAAUUCAACAGCUUCAAACUGCUGUUGGCAUCCGUUGUUAACCCAGAGUAGAGAUGGUGUGAUACCCAAAUUUGGCCUCAGAAAGUGUAGCCGGGAUGAUCCCCACAUUUUCAUUUAUCCAUGAGCUCGCUCGGUAAGCCCUCCUUCCCUAACUUGCUGCAUGUUAGUGUUUCUUUAUUGCUUGAGAAAGCUCAGGGUCAAUAUAUUUCUGCCAUAGAUUGUCUUCUUUGAAUGGAUGAUUCUCUCAUAACCAUCUAUUGGUCCCCAGUUAAUAAAGUGGUAUCCUUAAAGAGACGAAUUUGGGGUCUGCAUUUGUCCCAUCUAUGCUUUGAAUAGUUUUGGUUGAGAUUUGCUACCUCUCUGCAAUCUUUGCAUCUGGUAAGCAGAUCCGUUGUGUAGUGAAUUUAUGGAAGGGAGCAUGCGUAUGUACAUUAGGUGAUCAUUCUGAUUGUGUCCACAGCAUAAGGAACUUGCUUAAGUUUGGUGGCUAGAAGCUGGAGAACAGUGUUGAUUAUGUCAUGGGGUUCACUAUAAUCACAUCUGUGUUUAGUCCUAUAGCAUUAGUUCAGUUCAUUAUAACUUAUAAGACCCACUUUAGACUCUUCCUUUUACAGGAGAGGGAGGCAUUAUGAUUUAAGAGUUCCAACAUCAGGAUUCUCCGCAAACAUAAUUACUACUAGCUCUGAAAGAUUCUCUUACAAACCUAACUUAGCCUUUUGUUGUAUUGGGAAAUUGCAGGUCAAUCCAAGCUCUCUCUAUUCCUCAGCGGGAUUUGAAGAGAGAUUGAGAUCAAGUCGUGAAUGGAUGCAAAGGGGAAAAUGUGUUUUGGUUUGGAAAUUAUAUUUUCUGUCAAGUUAAAUUGGAGGAAGGACUACUGAAUGGUAGAGAGAGUGAUUGUUCCAUACACAUGAAAUGUGCAUAUCCAGCUUCGUUUUGUUUUUGUUGGGGAAAUUGAUGUCUCAAACUCCUUCAGGACAAUUGUGGUAGACUAUUUUAUCCGAAUGGUAUGUUAGAUAUUUCACAAACGUAAGAAAUUAUGAAAAACUAU